UCCUCUACAUACACAUCCAUCUAUAUCUAUAUCUAUAUCUACACGCUUAUACUGGUUAUCUUAAAAUCCACGAAAUCUCAGUUAUUCUUCCUUUUGUUAGCUAUAUAUAUUACUCUAUGAUGAAAUUCAAAUCAUCCAUCAUCAUUUUCUCUUAAUCACCUUUUUUAGGGUUUGUUUGGGGCAAUCAAAUCAAAAUAAAAAAGUAUAUUAAAGAAAAAGAAAAAAAAAUGGCUGAUGCUUUUGAAGAAGAACCUGAGGAAACUGUUUCACUCACUGAGUUUCUUAAGGAAGUUGAUGAUCAGGAACUUGAGGCAGAUUUGGUUUUGGGUGCCGAUGAGGGAACGGAGUGCACCUAUGUCAAAGGUUAUAUGAAGAGGCAAGCAAUUUUCUCGUGCUUAACUUGCACUCCAGAAGGAAAUGCUGGCGUUUGCACAGCGUGUUGUUUGACUUGCCAUGAUGGCCAUGAGAUGAUAGAACUUUGGACCAAGAGAAAUUUCAAAUGUGAUUGUGGCAAUUCAAAAUUUGGAGUAUCCUACUGCAAACUUUUACCAAGCAAAGAUAAUGAAAACGGAGAAAACUCUUACAACCAAAAUUUCAAGGGAAAAUACUGUACCUGUGGCCGCCCCUAUCCAGAUCCAGAUGCCGAGAAUCCAGUAGAGGAGAUGAUCCAGUGCUGCGUAUGUGAAGAUUGGUUUCAUGAGGAGCAUCUUGGCCCCGACUCAACUAAUGAGUUACAGAUCCCCAGAGACGAGGAAGGCGAACCACUGUAUGAAGAUCUUAUCUGCCACAUGUGCUCGUCCACCUGUUCUUUUCUGCAGCUGUAUCCUCAAAUCAUAUGUGCCCCGCAUAAGCAACAAACUGCUGCAACUACUUCUAAAGAAAAAGGUGUGGAGACUGCACCUUCCGCUUCUGGAUCCUCUACAAUGCCUGAAAAUGGUAGUACUUCAGUGAUUUAUAAUGUAGAUCCUGGGGUGCCUGAUCGCAACUCCAAAAGUGUGCAUGAUGAUAAGGGUUUGAUCCUUGGUGAGAAAUCUGAUACAUGUGUUCUUGGUGUUGAUCUGUUAACCACUGAAUUGACAUUGGGAAAAAGCCAACCGAUGUUUCUUGUAAAGAAUUGGAGGGAGGCACUGUGCAGAUGUGGUAAGUGUUCCGAUUUCUAUGCCAGAAAGAAAAUUAGUUUCCUGCUGGAUAAGGAGGACUCGAUUGCUGAGUAUGAGAAAUUGGCAAAACAGAAGAGGGAUGAAAAAAUGCAGCAACAAGAAGGGGCGGAUUUAGAUUUCCUUGGUAAUCUUGGGCAUGUGACGAAGAUGGAGAUACUUUCGGGCAUUGCUGAUAUGAAAGAUGAGCUCCAGUCAUUCCUGCAAUCCUUUGAUGGAUCGAAGCCAAUCACACCUGAUGAUGUCCGCCAAGUGUUUGAUAACCUUAAGAAACGUCGGCGCAUGGACUGAUCUGCUUAGAGGUCUGGCUUUUGCAACUAAAUCUAGUUCUACUAAUCCCUAUGCACUAGUCAAUCACCUCUUGUUUGGCUUGUUUUAUUAGUAUGUUAUCUUGCAGCGUGAAACUUGUAAUUUUUCCCAUUUCUGUUUAAGAACCGAAAACCUUGAUCAUGGUUUGGACUUGCUAUGGUGUUCUUGAUCUGCAAGUUAAAAUGUUAACUUUGAUCUCGUGUUUUACUCUUGAUAAAAGUAGCAACUUCCAAAUCUUGUUAAAGUCGACUUUCAAUCAUGAGAUGCUUUGUUCUUUAUUC